AUGGCAUCACUACUAUGCAGAGCUGCAGAUAUCUUCGUCAUGAGCUUCCAAACCCCUGUUCAAUGUCUGACUUUCCCUGGUAGAUCGACCAUUACCCAAGCAAUGAUCGCUACAAGCCUCAUGCAAAUGGGACUUUCAAACAACGGUACUUUUUCGACAGUACCUACUACAAAGCGGGUGGUCCAGUCUUCCUUUAUAUCGGAGGGGAGACCUCUGGAGAAAGUCGAUUCAGUAAUCUACAAACCGGAAGAGUUCAAUGGCCUGGGGGUAAUUCUAGAGAACCGAUAUUACGGCUCCAGCUAUCCUUUCAAUACAAGCACGACAGACAAUCUGGCGUACCUGACUGCUGAACAAAGUAUUGCUGAUAAUGCAUAUUUCGCACAACACGCUACUUUUCCUGGAGUCUCGGCGAAUCUCACCGCUCCAGGAACACCAUGGAUUCUGUAUGGAGGAAGUCUGGCAGGUGCUCAGACUGCCUACACCAUGGUAGCUCAUGGCGAUGUCCUUUAUGGAGGGAUUGGCAGCAGUGCUACAGUAGUAGGACUCCAUGAAUACCCAGAAUGGUAUGAACCAAUUCAAAAAUUCGGCCCUCAAGAUUGUAUCUCUAGCAUCAAUGGCAUUAUCGCGAAGAUUGACAGUCUUGUGGAUUCCCACAACACAGAAGCUAUCCAGGAACUGAAAGGCCUUUUCGGGUUGGAGGAUCUAGAAGAUAUCCGGGAUUUUGCCAUGACUAUCGCGUUCCCAAUUGGUGGACCGAUGAACUACCCCACAUCAACAUGGCAGGAGUUGAACUGGAACCCGGCUUAUAGCGCAGAUGACUUCUGGAAUUUCUGCUCGAAUGUCACUAACAUUGACGCGUCUGCCGAAAUCACCGCCGUGGAUAGUGUACUUGCAAAGUACACUGGUGGUCAGGCCUGGACUAACCUUGGAAACUAUGCAAACUACUUCAAGGAAAUCGUAUUACCGGGAUGCACAUCCGGCGACGUUAACAGUCCCCUGAAUGGUUGUUUCGGGACUCAAAAUCAAUCGUUUUACGCCAUUGAAGACAACUCAGCCAGUCGCUCUUACCUUUACACAACUUGCACCGAACAGGGAGCAUACCAAGUCGCACCAAAAUCAGGCCCAGCUCUAAUCAUGAAUGUCUUGCAAGUGGAUUACACGCAACAAUGGUGUACCUGGGCAUUCCCACGAGGAAGAUACAACUCCAUCCCCUCCAGCCCCGACCUCGAGCGACUCAACAUAUACGGCGGCUAUGAACUCAGCGCCAAUCGCCUAGCACUAGUCGACGGCGGCAUUGAUCCCUGGCUCGGCAUCUGCGUGCACUCCAAAUACGCGCCCCCUCGCGAGUCCACAGAUCUCCGGCCCGCGUAUCUGAUCGCGGGAGCUGGGCAUCACUGGGACAGUUAUGGGAUUUUAGAUGUGGCUGCUGAGCCGCUGUUCAUUCAGCAGACGCAUUUGUUUGAGAUCAAGACGGUGCGGAAAUGGUUGAGGGCUUUCAAGCCUUCGUAUGCUCACUCGGAGCUCUGA